CGCAACACGACGUCGACAGCACCACGCAGCAACACUCUAGCAACUCUGAAAACAGCAAGAGAAACAAAAGAGUCGGAGGCUCGGAGGCAUCGUGGCAGCUUGCUAUCGGAACAACCCCACCCAAACCCUCCAACAGACCCAAGAUGUUGGCCCUGUACAUACAUUCACUGCUUCUCCUCUCGAUCCUCCACUCCGCCGCUGCCAUUGGAGGAGAAAAGGCCUUCUUCUCCACAGAGCUAGGAACUCCCAAUGUGACACACCGUCAAUCCGUUUGUGAUCGAUUUGAGGACUUCUACUUUAAUCGAGUGGAUCUGCGAAAUGCCCUUGAAGGCCUACAAUUACAUGUAGUUGUUGGUAACUAUCCAGGAGCGUACUUCAAUUAUGAUCCAGAAAAAGGUAUUGACGAAACUGAGCCUGGCGUGAUUCCGGUUAUCCUGGAUGAAUUGGGCAGGAGAGGAGGAUUCACAUGGCGAGAUAGCUUUGGCAUUUACACAGACCCAGGUCAACAUAACAUGACCUGGAAUGAAACACUUCACUGGACCAUGGAUACCUAUGAUUUAGUUGCUGAUUGGUGGACGAACAGUCGUGAACGAAUGCAUGAUGGUGUAGUUUUCAUUGAAGAGUUCGUCGACUCCAGUUUUGUUGUAGUGACCAGGGAUGCUGUCUUUGAGAGAAGCAGCAGUGAAGUCACCAUUUCCUCAUUCUUCAAUUGGCUCAAGCCCUACAGCUGGGAAGUGUGGGUCAUGACUCUCUUCACCAUUUUGCUGAGUGGGGUUGUAUUCCAGGUUCUGGAGUGGUAUGCUGGUGAACGGGAUGACAGAUCUGCCUGGGAAUGGUGGCUGGAAAAUGCCUAUCUAAGUUUCAUCAAUGCCACUCAAGCCUAUGAGUAUCAGCCCAAGUCGUUGCCAAGUCGACUCUUUGGCAUCAGCAUGGCUAUCUGGGCUUUGGUCAUGACGGCCACCUAUACUGCAAAUCUUGCAUCUCUCCUUGUGGAUCGGAAAGCCCCCGGACCACAGACCAUUGAAGAAGCUGUGGUGUAUCAAAAUAAAAUAUGCACAUGGGAAGGCACUCCAACAGAUUUCUUUGUCCGUGACACCUACAAGAAUGCCGUCCGUAUCCCCAAAAAGUCAGAACUGGAAUUACACCAAGGACUGCUCAAUGGAGAUUGCGAUUUCAUUCUAUCAAACCUUCAUAGCUGGAACAGAAACAAGGUCAUAGGAGAAUACAACCCAACUUGUGACCUUUACUUGCUAGGGGAUGGGAGGAAGGUCGCUGAAGUUGGAUCAGGAUUUGUUGUGAACGCUGACUCGGGAACACUUUGCACUGGAUUUAUCCGUGACGUUCUUAACCUGCUGAUGAGAGACAUUAUUGAAGAUGGCUUCCUGGAGCGGGCAUGGGAAAAUGAAUACAGGAGAACCCAAACAAUUGACUGCCUCACCUACAAACCAGGCAUGGAUUUCAGCAGUCCAAGUGGCAACGAUGUAGAUUCAGGCACACGACAAUUGCGGCAAGGGCACAUCCAGUCUCAGUCAUACCCUGGUGGCUCAGAAGGUUGGCGCAGGAUGCUCAAGGCAGGUGGAAGAAGUGGCGGUGGUGGAGCCGUGGCAGCCAUGACACCAGGUGGCGAGGAUGCUCAAAAACUCACCCUGGAACAGAUGAUUGGGACUUUUGUUUGUCACUGGUUCCUGAUGAUCAUUGCAAUAGUCAUUGCCCAUGCCACUGCAGUGUACGAUAAACACGCGAAAGAGAGAACAGAGCAAGCAGCCCAAGCAAUCGUCGAGCAUGGGAAAAAGAGAACAACAGAAGCAACCAAGGCAAUAGUCGGGACAAUCUCUAGCCACGUGCCUCAUGUACAUAUGCCUCAUGUGCAUAUGCCUUUCCACUACCAACCAGAUACAGACACCGAAGCACCAACAACCAGUUCUAGCAAAACCAACAGUGAUGAUGAUCCUGAUCCCAGUAAAAACACCGGCAACAAGAUGGUGGCCCGGAGAGAAGUGGACGAAGACACUACAAAGCAAAUUGCUGCCAUGCGAUCCGAAAUGCAAUCAGAGCUGCAAGUACUCAAGAAUCAAAUCAAUCAUCUGGUCAACAUAUCAUUAGCGUCGGAUGCAUAUAUGGGACGUUCGGCACGUUCCCAGUACCAAAGUCAGGGUGACGAAGCUGGCAUGGACGACUCAAAUGUCAGCACUGCCAGCAUGAUGCGUGGUCGCAUUCCCUCAUCGGAGCGGGCUGCGGGGUACCGAGCAUAGCUACUUUUGGAAUCAAUCCAGCCCGUUUUCCCUUGUUCGAUGGCGGAAAAUCUAAUGUUCUGUGGUGAGCGUAGAAGUUGGCCGAAUUUAGCUCUGCGGGUAGCUAGCAACCGUCUCCCUCGUGAACUGGGCCAACAAUCCCAGUACACGUUGUCUUUUUGCAUCGCUACUGAAGUGUAUAGGGCACGGCCAACAGGUUCCACCGGUACUACCGGUAUGCUUCCUCAGCAUCCAAAGCGGAAGUGAAUGGUACCGUAUCCAAGCUCGCGGCGUUUUUUCGGCCAGC